CUCCCCGCCCCUCCUUCAGCGUCAACCUCACGAGGAACCCGUCCAAAAUGUCGACGAAGCAGAAGACUGGCGGCAAGCAGCAGCGCUCUGCCAUCGCGGACGUUGUUGCCCGCGAGUACACCAUCCACCUUCACAAGCGCCUCCAUGGCGAGACCUUCAAGAAGCGUGCCCCCCAGGCCAUCAAGCAGAUCAAGCUUUUCGCCCUGAAGUCCAUGGGCACCUCCGACGUCCGUCUGGACCCCCAGCUCAACAAGAAGGUCUGGGAGCAGGGUAUCAAGGGCGUCCCUUACAGGCUCCGUGUCCGCAUCUCCCGGAGGCGAAACGACGAGGAGGGCGCCAAGGAGAGGCUCUACAGCUACGUGCAGGCCGUCAACGUCAAGGACCCCAAGGGUCUGCCGACUGUUGUCGUUGAGGAGUAAGAUGGAAUAAAAAAGUUUCUCUCUUUGGCAAGGGUCAACAAAUCAGGGCGGCAUCGGCAUUGGAGUUGCACGGGGUAUUUAGCUUCCCACUACCACACGAUUCCUUGAGAGGAAAUGGGAAAGAGGCUCGAUUCUUCCGACGAAAUGCGACGACUCUUUUUUUUUUUCGUCCCCUUGUUCUAGUGUGCCACCGACAGCGAGUCCCCAAUUCAAGGCCCAGUGAGGAAUGUGGUGGUCGUGACCGUGGACGAUGAUGAUAACGAUUUGCCAUGAGCUUCGGGUGUCACUGUCAGGCGGUUCCAUAGAAGAUUUUUGGCGUUUGCUGUCGACAAAUGGGGUCGUGUCUGUCUGCUUCGCCUACAGGGAAAGGAGAACAAACCAUUCAUAAAACAAGAGUCCAUUGGUACCAAUGUAUGCCAUGCAGCCCAAGUUGCCUAUCCCGCUGACCAACACCAAAAGUCCCAAACCAGCCAUUCCGCGC